AAGCCCGCCGAGUCCCAGCGUCCAGCCAGAGCCCGCAGAGACCCUGCGUCCAGUCCCUCUCGUCGCGUCCCAGAGCCUGCGCCCCACCAUGGCCAGUGGCCCCGGGCUCGCGCCGCCGCUCCUGAGGCUGCUGCUGCUGGUGGCGUCCGUGGCCCACUUGGCGGCCGCGCAGGGCAACUGCACGUGUCCCACCAACAAGAUGACCGUGUGCGGCCCGGACGGCCCGGGUGGCCGCUGCCAGUGUCGCGCGCUGGGCUCGGGCGUGGUGGUGGACUGCUCCACACUCACCUCCAAGUGCCUGCUGCUCAAGGCGCGCAUGAGCGUGCCCAAGGCCGGCCGCAAGCUGGUGAAGCCGAGCGAGCACGCGAUCGUGGACAACGACGGCCUCUACGACCCCGAGUGCGACCACGAGGGCCGCUUCAAGGCGCGCCAGUGCAACCAGUCGUCGGAGUGCUGGUGCGUGAACUCGGUGGGCGUGCGCCGCACUGACAAGGGCGACCAGAGCCUUCGCUGCGACGAGGUAGUUCGGACCCACCACAUCCUCAUCGACCUCCGCCACCGGCCCACGGCGCGCGCCUUCAACCACUCGGACCUGGACGCCGAGCUGCGGCGGCUCUUCCGCGAGCGCUACCGGCUGCACCCCAGGUACGUGGCGGCCGUGCACUACGAGGAGCCCACCAUCCAGAUCGAGCUGAGGCAGAACGCGUCCCAGAAGGGCCCCGGCGACGUGGACAUCGCCGACGCCGCCUACUACUUCGAGAGGGACGUCAAGGGCGAGUCUCUGUUCGCCGGCCGCAGCGGCCUGGACGUGCGGGUGCGCGGGGAGCCCCUUCACGUGGAGCGGACGCUCAUCUACUACCUGGACGAGAAGCCGCCCCGGUUCUCCAUGAAGCGCCUCACCGCCGGCCUCAUCGCUGUCGUCGUCGUGGUCGCAGUGGCCCUGGUAGCGGGCGUGGUCGUGCUGGUCAUCACCAACCGGAGGAAGUCCGGCAAGUACAGGAAGGUGGAGCUCAAGGAGCUGGGGGAGAUGAGGAACGAACCGAGCUUGUAGGUCCUUAUUUGGCAGGGCAGGACGAGGGAAUGGAAUUUGGCUGCCUCCCAGAACACGGAGAGACAGCUUCGAGAUUCUGGGCCGAAAGAAGGAUUUCUCCUUGUCAAUCCUGCCUUGCCCGCCCCAGCACGCGCGCGCGCGCACACACACCCACACCCACACCCACACACGCGCCCUAGUUUGCUAGAUCCUGGUGGUCCUGGGUCUCCUUUGCCUUCUGCCCCCAACAAAGCAUUUCCAGAAGCCCUUAUGUUUGGGUCUGCUGACAAGAAACCUGACCCUGAGAGUGAAGGAAAGGAUGCCAUGUCAUGUGUGAGAAGCAAGUGCCUGGCAACCGUAGUCCUUUGCCAGUGACUGGAGUCCAUCUCAAAGGCCCAAAUGAGUUGAGAACGCCUCACUUUUACCGUCUGGGAUUUAUAUGAUGAACAACGCGUGAAGGAAGAAGCUUGCUUAUUGGGCCCAGGUGGCCUGCCCACUAAUUUUACUUUGUACGGAGUGAUCUGUCACCAGCAAAGGGACUUUCUGCUGUCUGGACACAUUUUAGAUAUCUUUGUUUUCCUACAGGCAAUGUCUGUUCCUCCGUUGGCCCUUGGUACAGCUAUUAGUGAUGUUUUCUUUUGUAAAAAUGUUUGUACAGAUCCCGUCAUGGACAAUGCAGCUGUGACUUUUUUUUAAAUAAAAGCAACUCGAAUUUAAUAAAAUUUGGGAAAGCCACAAACGAAAA